CUUUUUUGUUUGAACGCCCUUCUUUAUUCCAACCUAUCCUGCAGGCCAGCUUCACUUCAAGCAUUCCGUUCGUUUUAUACGCCCGCCCUUUCGACUUUCGAUACCCGAGCCCUAGUUGGCCGAUUUUCACUAAUUCAAAACUUACGAUAUUCGACACGUGGUUACUUAUUCUUGGUGGACUCGGCACGAUCUAUACUCGACAAAAACAUCUCAAGAAACCAAUCAACUAGACAAGAUGCGGUUUACAACAUCAUUGGGGCUUUUCCUCGGUGUUUCGGUAUGCAACGCGCAGAUUUCGAAGCCGAGGGCCGGGGAUGUCUUGAUGCCAAACCAGCAAUUCGAGGUUGAGUGGCAGACGGCGGGCCUACAGGCCCCUGUCAAUAUCGACCUGGUUCCUAGUGGCAAGACGGACUUGUCAGUCAUUGCAGAGAAGAUUGCAGUGCAAGUCGACAACGUCGGCCGUCUGAACUGGAACCCCAGCGCCUCCAUCACGGCCUUUGAGAGCUUCGCCAUCGUCAUUACGGACUCAGUCCAGGCCGUCGUCGUGUCCGAAUCGUUCCAGAUUACCCAACUUACCCAGCAGCCCGUAAUCCAGACGAUAAUCGGAGCGGACCCGGCGCAGGUGGAGAUCGUCACCGCGGCUGCUGGUCCCCCCAAGGUUGUGUAUUCUGGCGUCUUGCCCCCUGAUGCUAUUCCCGCCGGCGUCGCCGUCGCGGAGGCUACCCCUACGGAAGCUGCUCUCAUCAGGCCUGACGAGUCUAAGAACGGCAUCUUGAAUGGCACCGCGCCUGGAGUCUCCCCUUCCAAACAGGAGGGAGGCAGAUCCAAGGAGCCCGCGACCCCUGACGAGAAAGCCGCCCCUGUGCCCGAUGAAUCCGUGCCUCGCAACUCCUCGAAACCGCUCACGAGCAUCGCCGAAAAGAACCAAACUCCAGCGGCCCCCGAGACCACCCCGACGCCGAUAUAUUCGACUAUCCAGUCCGCCUCCGCGCCCGCGUCUUUCCCAACAUUGUCAGCGACCAAGAACCAGACGGGUCCCCCGGGUGGCGGCGCUGAGGUCACGCCCACGCCGAUUUACUCCACGAUCCCGGACUCUGGCCCGGCGUUCCCGAGCCUUUCGGUCACCAAGAACCAGACGGCGCCCGCGAACGCCGAGGUUACUCCUACCCCUAUUUACUCCACGAUUCCGGACUCGGGCCCGGCUUUCCCGACACUUGCGCCAACCAAGAACCAGACAGCUCCGAGCGCCGAGGUAAGUUUCCCCUGGAUCGUCCCAAAGCAUAGCACAUACUAAAAACAGAUCCAGCAGCCGGCCGAGAGCAAGGCGCCCGCCGCCACUCAACCAGCAGCAGAAGUCCCAGCGAACCGCACUAGCAUCACGCCAGAAGCGUCAACCACGCCCUCCCUACCAAUCGUAACCAUCCCCAUACCAAAGAACACCACUGUCCCCGCGCCCCCAGCCGCAAGCGAGCCCCCCAUCCUCCCGAGCGCCGCGAACCCAGCAGUCAACAGCAGCAGCAGCGCC